CUCCUUCCUAACCCCAAUCCGCGAAACCCCAACUGCACCAAACCGCCCGAGCCAGCCGGCCGUCCGCCUCGGCCGCACGCUGCUCGCCAGCCUAGCCCACGCUGCCCCCCCUCCUCUCCCCCAGUCCCUUUCCCCUUCGGCGUCGUCGUCAACCCACCGCACCCCCACCCGCCGCUCGGCCUCAGCUCCGUCCUUCUCGCCUCCACCCUCCGGCGCUGCCCAGAUCCCGCUCGCCGGUGGUGGGCCCCCCCGCCGCUGGCGCCGGAGCAAGGGGGAACCCGAACUGAACCCUAGGAGGGAGGGAGUGACAAGUUAGUGAGCGCGCCGAGAUCCGGCGGCGGCGGGCGGCGAUGGGGGACUUCAACCUCGCCCUGGUGAUCGUGGCGGUGGUGGUCAGCGUGCUCGUGCUGCUCGUCAGCGUCUACCUGCUCGUCAACUACCAGCACCCCGACGACGCCAACCAGGCCUACUUCCCCAAGCUCGUCGUCGUGUUCGGCCUCACCGUUGCCGUCCUCUCCAUCCUCAUGCUCCCCGCCGACGUCGCCAACCGGCAGGCCUGCCGGAAGGCAGUCUACAACGGCGCCUGCAACCUCACGCUCCCCAUGCGGACGCUCUGGCUCGUCGUCUACAUCGUCGACGCCGUGCUCGUCUUCCUCGUCAUACCCUUCGCCAUGUUCUACUACGAGGGCGACCAGGACAAGUCCGUGGGGAAGAGGCUCAAGACCGCGCUCAUCUGGGUUGUCGCUUCCGCGGUGGUUUGCGGCCUCGUCCUCGGCAUCCUAUACGGACUUGUGGGUAAAGUGGACUUCACUGUCAGGCACCUAUCUUCAUCAGUUGAGACGUUUCCAAAUUCAUUUUCUGGAUUCUCAAGCGGUCAGCCUUGCAUCAGUUCAUUGCCUCGUCAGUGUGCGGCUUCUACGGCAUCGGCUAACUCUUUGACAACUUGGACAAUGCGUGCUACCUUCCCUGAAUAUGUCGUUGCUCUUACGACUAUUGUUGGAUCUGUGCUUUUCACCAUAUUUGGUGGUGUUGGCAUUGCUUGCCUUCCAUUGGGACUUAUAUUCUCAUUUGUCCGGCGUCCAAAAGCUGUCAUCACACGCUCACAAUAUAUAAAGGAAGCAACUGAAUUGGGAAAGAAGGCCAGGGAGUUGAAGAAAGCGGCUGAAGCCCUUCACCAAGAAGAGAGAAGCGGGAACAAGGGCAGGAAAUGGCGCAAAAACGUGAAGGCUGUUGAGAAGGAGUUAUUACUUCUGGAAGAUGACAUGAAGGCUCUGGAAGAGAUGUAUCCUCAAGGAGAACAGGCUGAGGCUACUUGGGCAUUCACAGUCCUUGGGUACAUUGGAAAACUUAUAUUUGGUGUUGUUGGGUUAAUCAUAUCAAUAGCCUGGGUUGCACAUAUCAUCAUAUACUUGUUGAUUGAUCCUCCUCUAUCCUCAUUCCUGAAUGAAGUCUUCAUAAAGUUGGAUGGUGUUUGGGGUCUGCUUGGGACUGCCGCCUUUGCAUUCUUCUGCUUCUAUCUCCUUAUUGCAGUGAUUGCUGGGGAGAUGAUGCUUGGCUUGAAACUAGUUUUCAUCACCAUUCACCCGAUGAAAUGGGGAGGCACUUUAAUGAACUCUUUCCUGUUUAAUGUUGGACUCAUUCUACUUUGCUCCAUCAGUGUGAUUCAGUUCUGUGCCACGGCUUUUGCCUACUAUGCACAAGCAACUGCAGCUCAGGAGAUCUUCGGCCACACAUUGCAAUCUCUUCGUGGAAUUAAGUACCUUUACAAGUACAACGUUUUCCAGUAUGGCUUUGUUGCUCUUGCCAUACUCACGCUCUUCUACUAUGCGAUAUUCGGAUGGCGAAAGAGGAAACCGACAGGAAGGUUCCAGCUCUCAAAUUGAUUUGUUGCCUUGCCCUGUAAGUGAAGCUUGACGGACUCAACAUCAUAUUUGUUCAGUUAGCGUUGUAUAUGAUCAACCAAACCAAACCAUCUUCUCGAAGAGCCAAGGAACUGCGGCCGGUGUAGAUUAUGAACUAUGAGACCUCUGAAGGUGGGAAUGGGGGAGCUGUUGGUUACCACGGACAUGGAUGUUAAAAGUAGAACCCAGUUGAUUUUGCAGUGUACACAUUUCUUGUAUUGGCUCUUCUUUUACGUCUGUGUAUUAUUGAUGUUAUUCUUGAGAGAUGUUUGGUGUGAUUGGGUACCAUGCAGUUCCUGUUGUUCCUUUUCUUGGCUGUGUCUGGAGUUAUUUUAGGUCAGUCCAUUGCUUUAUAUGUAUCAUACUGUGAUUACAGCACGAGGCUCUAGGUUGUAUUAACGAUGUCUAUGCUUGUCUGUGUCACUGUCUGGGAUCCCA